AUGCAUAAGGAAAUUGUUCCGGCGAGCUUGGAGAGGAAAGUGAGGCCCAAGCACGGGCAGUCGGAGGAGACUAGCUGGAAGGGCAUGAGGGCACGAGAUGUUAACGGGUUUAAGCUAUGUUAUUCAGGAGGAGAGGCUGGCAAGAAUGGGGUAGGUAUUUUAGUUGAUAGGGAUCUCAGGGAGAUUGUGGUGGAUGUUAGGGGGGUGAACGAUAGGCUAAUAACUAUUAAGCUAGUGGUUGGUGGGGUCAUUCUUAACGUGAUUAGCGCUUAUGCGCCUCAAGUGGGCUUGGUCGAAGAUGUCAAAAGGCGCUUCUGGGAUUAUUUGGAUGGGGUUGUGCGUGGUAUUCCACACUCCGAGAAGCUCAUCAUUGGGGGUGAUUUUAAUGGCCAUAUUGGCGUCACUGCUAGGGGUUAUGACGAGGUGCAUGGCUGGUUCGGUUUUGGAGUUAGGAAUGAGGGCAGUACCUCUUUGUUGUAUUUUUCUAAAGCAUUCAACCUGGUGUUAGCUAAUUCGUGUUUCCAUAAGAGGGAGGAACAUUUAGUCACUUUUCAGAGUAAGGUUGUCAGGACUCAGAUUGAUUACCUUCUCUUUAGGAAGGAUGAUAGGGGCUUGUGCACUGAUUGCAAUGUUAUCCUGAGUGAGUGUAUCGACGCCACAUAG